AAUGUCCAUAAGGCAGAAGUCGAUAAAAACAAACAGUCAGAAGUCGAUAAAAACGCCUGGCUGCAACGAUUUUGAAUUAGGGAAAUUAGGGAGCGAAUCUAGAAACAUUUGUAGAUCCCUCUCAAGUCUCAUCUCUUCUUCAAUUCACCCAAUUUCUCUCUACUUCUCACACAAACACUACAUUACUGCAGCCAGGGCUCAAAGUGGAGGAGCUAUGGAGCUAAUGGUAGUUACUUUGAUUAUCGGCUUCCUGUUGAGUUUAUUGUUUCUAGCCCCUCGAUUCAUCAAAUCCGAUCAAACCAAGAAAGUUCAAUCAGAUGCUAACAUCAAGACUGUAAAAUCAUACAACAAGGCUGCAGUUUCCUUGCAUAACAAGAGGACAGAUUGCUGGAUCAUCAUCAAAGAGAAGGUAUAUGAUGUUACCCCUUAUGUGGAGGAACAUCCUGGUGGUGAUGCAAUUCUGGCUCAUGCUGGUGAUGACUCAACUGAAGGAUUUUUUGGGCCACAACAUGCAACCCGAGUAUUUGAUAUGAUUGAGGACUUCUACAUUGGGGAGUUAGAGAAGUGAUGAUAUUAAAUUGUUGAUCAUGCAGAAUGACAGUAAUCUAUUUUAGCUGAUAGUUUUUUCCUUUAUAUGUAAUCCAUUUGAAGACAUUUAGAUUAAUUUGCACUAGUGUUGAUCUUAAGGAGAUUGACAAUUGAAUAAUUUUAUUUGAAAAUCAUGUGUAGUUUUCUAUAGUUGCGCUUGUGCUACAUGACAGGACUAGAGAAUCCUUUGAGGGGUAUUUUCGUCUUUCGAUAAUGACAAUGAUGCGGAUUAUGGCA